AUGGUGCGGAUAUCCAUCCCCACCCUCCCUCCCGCCCCCCUCGUCCCCCCAAACGCCCUCACCCUCCUCCCUCCCGCGCUCGCAGCCUCCCAUCUUGCCCGUUUUCUCGAUAAAGGCAAAGGCCAGACUGUCAUACUGACAGGAGCUGGUGUCAGUGUGGACAGUGGUAUCAGAGCUUAUAGAGGAAAGGAAGGGAGCUAUAGUAAUCCCAACUACAAGCCGAUUCUGUAUCAUGAGCUGGUGGAGGACACCGAUAGGGGAAACAUGUUCAGGCGCAGAUAUUGGGCACGAUCAUUCCUCGGUUACCCUCCUGUCAGAGAUGCCAUGCCAAACCCUACGCAUAUAUAUAUAGCAGCUCUACAGCACCUCGGUCUCGCACCAAACCUCAUCACUCAAAACGUGGACAACCUGCAUUCCAAGGCGUAUAGUUUACUCGAUCCUUCUGUAUCUAAUCCCCCCAUACUCGAGCUUCACGGGACACUCGCAAAGGUUCACUGUCUUAAACAUCGGCACGAGAUCACGCGAGAUGUGUAUCAAGAGCAUAUAGCAAAGAUGAAUCCUGUAUGGGAUGAGGCGGCCAAGGAGGCAGAGAGGACUGGAAAUCAACCACGUACGAAUCCUGAUGGUGAUGUUGAUCUGAGAGGAGCAAAUUUUAGCACAUUCAGCGUGCCCCCUUGUCCAUCCUGCAAGGCAGAGGGAGAACACACGUCCAUCGUCAAACCCAACGUAGUAUUCUUUGGCGAAACCAUUCGACCAGAAGUCCGCGAUCAUUCAUUCGACCUCAUCACCAACUCCUCCUCCCUCCUCAUCCUCGGAACAUCCCUUGCUACCUACUCUGCCUUUCGCCUCGUAAAGCAGGCCGUCGACCAGGGAAAACCAGUGCUCAUGAUAUCCACCGGUCCAUCACGAGCCGACAAUCUGCCGGGGCUGGAAAAGAUGGACAGGAUUGCGGGUGAUGUAUUGAGUGUUUAUAUGGAUAGUGUCUUAAAGGAUAAUCGCGGAAAGGUGUUCGACGAUGUGAAAAAGGUCUUGCACAAGGGAGUCAUCAAGGCUAUACCCGAAGUGGACGGACCUCGCGCUGAGGGAUAG